CUAGCUAACUGCAUAGCUGCAAGUACAAUACAGAUUUGAAAGAAGAGAAACGCAGCGCAGCAGAGUAUAACCGCACGGACUUAAGCUCUAUGUAAUGUAAGGCAACGUAAGACCAGGAUGUUUAGUUUUGUUACAUUCUUAUGAAAUAUCUGUGGACGAAGACAGAAAAAGACCUCCGGGUUUGUUGAGUUAGCUAGGUUAGCAGUUAGCUAGCCGAAGUGUACCAAACCGGCGUUUUGUUAUUAGCCUAGCUAGUUAGCUAGCUCUCUGUGAUACCGACCUUCACGGUUGUUCGUAGUUUGUGGUUGUUUUUGGAGCCGUACAAGCCCACUUGUCACCACCAGUCGUCAAAUAGCGUUCUAAACAGUUAGUAGUUAGUAGCCAGAAGGUACAAGAAAGGCUACAUUAGAAGGGAAGUUUCUUUAGCAAGUGUGCCGGUUAGGGUUCAUGAAGUCUAAAUAAAGCUGAAAGCUGUAUGGAAAAAAUAUGUAGCUACUCUUUCUAAGUAGCAAAAAAUACAGAUUAAACUGAUCUGACUAGCUAGAUCAGUCUUAAGUGACUCGUCGCCUUGUUCCUCAUCCACCAUCAUGCCAUAACUACAUGUUAUAGCAUAAAGAUGUAAUUUGUUCUGUCGUACGGUCAAUUUACUGAUUGGAACAAGUGCUGUUGGUGAAAAGAAGGUGCUUUCUGCAACAUUCCCAUGUUCCUGCAGAUUUCCAGGCGCCUCCUAUUAUAGCUCCUCAUCAUGGAUGAAGGCAGCCUGGAACAAGCCAUUGAAACCUACAAUGCCCAGCUUCAGCAGGUGGAGGCUGCCCUGGCCUGUGGUCUGGGUGCAUCUGAGCAGGCAGACCUGCUCAAGUUAAAAGAGGAUCUGUUACAGCUUAUUGAACUUACAGAGUCUAGCUUGGUUUCAGUCAAGAAGAGCCGACUUUUAGCUUCACUUGAGGAUUCCUCAACACCGACGACAACAACUGAAAUUCAAGAACAGCCCAAGGCGACCAACCUGGACACAGAGUUUGCCGCCUUUUAUUCUGAGCUGUCUGAGAAUGCUGGGGAGGUAGCACAAAGCCCCAAGAAUGAUGAGGAGGAAGAGGAAGAGGAGGAGGAGGAAGUAGAUAUUAGUGGCACUAAAGUACGAGCACCUUAUCACACCUCUUGGGGAACACUUGAGUACCAUAAUGCCAUGGUAGUGUGCUCUGAGGAACCAGAUGGGGAAGAGACUCGAGUGAGAGUGCUUUACCUCUAUCCCACACAGAAGUCCAUGAAACCCUGCUCUUUCUUUCUGGAAGACAAGUGCCGCUUCAUGGACAGCUGCAGGUACUCUCAUGGGGAGGUGGUGCGUGUGUCCGAGCUGAGGGACUUCCUUGAAGCAGAUCUUACAAACAUGCAGCCGGGAUCCUCGUGUCUGGCAAAGCAUGAAGACGGCAUCUGGUAUCCUGCCAAAAUUACAGAGAUCGAGGGUGGCUUUUACACUGUAAAAUUUGAUUCUUUGCUGCUGAAGGAGGCUGUCCUGGAAGCUGAUGGUGUAAUUCCUCCUCUCCGGCCAGACGAGUCCUCCUCUGACUCAGAAGAGGACUCUGAGGAAUGUGACGCAGGCUAUGCUAAAGUUUUCAGUUCCUAUAAAGAGGAGAACUCCGUGCCAGCAAACAGUGCUGAGUUCUGCGGCUGGGAAGCUCAUACUCGUGGCAUUGGCUCCAAGCUCUUGCUGAAAAUGGGCUAUGAGUUAGGGAAAGGUUUGGGGAAGACCCUUUCAGGCCGUGUGGAGCCUGUGCAGGCUGUGAUCCUCCCUAAAGGCCGCUCCUUAGACCAGUGUGCAGAGCUGACACAGCAGAAGACUCAGGCUGCCAUUGGCAAAGACAAUCCAGUCUCUGGCAAACGGAAAAGAAAAAGGAAGCGGACUUCUACAUCAACACGCCAUAAUGUGUUUGACUUUUUGAACUCUAAACUGGGAGAUGCUACUAGUUCUACCACACCUUCCGUUAGCUGCUCGGUCAGUGGCCUGGAGGCCUAUCAGGGAGGAAAGAGCACCAAGCGCUCCCUCAACGUUCAGCUCUUUCAGACCACCGAGAGAGUGAGCCAGGUGGAGAAAGAAAUCCAGCGACUCACAGAAUCUCUGAACAGACGAAACGGAAGGGAUGCCGCAGUGAUGGGCCAUAUCGAGGAGAAGCUCGCUGCAUCACGUAAGCUGCUGCAGCAGCUGAAGGCUCAGGAGCAGUUCAUCCAAAGAGCUCGGAAGAAGGCAGAUACGCAUAAGAAAAUGACUGAAUUUUGAUCUGAUGCUUGCUUCCUCACAUCACAAACAGUCUUCUGUGUUCUUAUUCAUGCUACUGUUAUUACGAAUUGUGCUCAUCCUGUAUUUGAACCACUGAGCAUGGUGGCUGAUUAUAAAUGGGGUGAGAGAGACAAAAAGUGAGAUGUAAUUUUUUCAGGGAGCCAAUUUUAUUGUUAAAUUUUAUUUGUCCUUUGUUUCUUUUUCAAAAUGCCUCUCAAAAUGUUGUUUCCAUUUGACAGUGCUUCAUAAUCUUUGUCAUCACUUGCACUGGUUAAGUAGGCCAUGCAUUUAAUUAAAUUAAAAAAAAAAAAAACUUCACACUGAUUAUUCCUGUUGAGUGAGUGUGCAGCAGGUAUAGGUAAAUUAGCUACAGCAGGAUUAACCAGGGAGUUGAUAACGUCAACAAUUACAUUCUUAUUUUUAAGUCAUGUUUUCCGGAAAUCUUGGGGUGCCGCCAGGCGAGGCAGUUCAUGUUGCUGUAAUAUUAAUGUGUUUUCUGUCUUCCUCUCAGG